CGUUCUGUCUCCGGCAAUCGGGCCCUGCAGCCCCAUUGUUACACUCACCGCCCGGCAGUAAUGGUGACUUGCAGGAGCUUGUCGAAGUCCCAAGCUGAUUCAAGCUCCAAUCCCCUCCACAUCAAUUAGCGCCAACCCGGCCCGCGCCGGCACACCCAACAUGGCUUCCACCCCAAUGGAUAUCGACGAUGCGGCAGCUAUUCCGUCACUGAACAUCAUGCGGACGCUAGGAGUCAAUGUCCCAAGCACUACGGCUGUCAGCGACGUCAUCUCGUCGUUCAGACCGACAAAGCUAUUCCAACGGGAUGACCUUAAGGAGGGCAAGCCCAAACCGUAUGUCCUGUCCAUCGACUUCGACGACCCGGGCGAGCUCUGUAUGACGUCGGAGAGCGACGAGACCAUCCAGAUCUACAACGUCAAGGAUGGCCGGCACGAUAAGAGCCUGCUGAGCAAGAAAUAUGGCGUCAAACUGGCGAAAUUUACCCACGCGAGCUCAAGCAUCAUCUACGCGAGCACACAACAGAAUGACGCGAUUCGGUACCUUGCGACGCACGACAACUCCUUCAUCCGCUACUUUGAAGGGCACGAAGCCGCCGUCACCAACUUGGCGCUGCAUCCCGGCGCCGACAACUUCAUUUCGUGCAGCGUCGACAAUACAGUGCUGAUAUGGAACAUUGGAACAAAGCAAUGGACCGGCAAGCUGUUUCUGAAUACGCCAUACCUCUCCGCUUGGGACCCGUCAGGAAACGUGUUUGCCAUAGCCUCACCGUCCAGCGGAAGCAUCCUGCUUUACGACUAUCGCAACUACGGAAAGGCCCCAUUCUCCGUCUUCGACGUGCUCAAAGCCCGGGGCCGGGCCGACCCCGAGGCUGCCUUCAAGGGCUGGACGAAGCUCGAGUUCUCCAACGACGGGAAGCACCUGCUUCUGGGAUCGCGCGGCGACGGCCAUUUCCUGCUUGACUCGUUCGACGGGAGCCUCAAGGCGUAUCUGAAGAAGCCCGGCGCAAGCACGAGACGGGUGGCUGCGGGGGAGACAGAAGGAGGCAACGUGGAGAGCAGCGGCGAGUGCUGCUUUGCGCCGGACGGCCGCUACGUCCUGAGCGGUGCCAAGUCCGACCUGCUCGUGUGGGACACGUUGAUGGCGCCGGGAAGCGAUAAGGUGCUCGAGCCUGUGCACGUCUUGGAGGACAAGCGGGAGACGGCGGUGGUGGCUUACAACCCGCGGUAUAACAUGUUUGCAACGGCUGACCAGGACCUCAUGUUCUGGCUGCCUGACCCCAAUCUAUAGACGGAAAAGAACGUUGGGCUGAUCUGAAGGGAGCGAUGUGUUUGGUCAGGGGGACGGCAUCAGGACGGAUCAAGAUACCCUUGCAUGUUGCGGCGUUUUGUGAAUAAAUUGACUAUGCUACCGGGUAAUACUUCACAAAUCGAGUGAAUCAAUCGAGCAAUGAAGCUCUGGACGUGAAGCUUCCAAGCAGUGGUACGGAUCUUUGUCAAGCGCUUGAUUAAGGUG